GUUUUCCAGAAAGUUCAAUGAGUGGGUGUCGCUCAUGUGUGUGUGUGUGUAUAUAAAGAAGUUGGACACCAGCUGACCAUCAUAAACAGCUCUCGGUUGAAGUCAUUUGCCACAAUUCCCAAAGACGUCAACAAGAAGUGGAGAUGGACAUCACAGUCCAGAGCCCAUGGUUUCGUCGGCCCAUUUUCUCCAGCUCCCCUUUCCCCACACGUGUCUUCGAUCAGCAUUUUGGGGAACAUGUAGAUUCCGAGCUCUUUCCCGGCUUCUCCGCCCUCAUCAACCCCUUCUACUGGAGAUUCCCAACUCCCUUCUUCCGCCUGGCGAACUGGUUGGACUCAGGACUUUCCGAGCUAAGACUCGACAAGGAUAAAUUUAGCAUUCAUCUUGACGUGAAACAAUUCACACCAGAAGAUCUCCGAGUCAAGGUUCUGGGGGAUUUCAUUGAAGUUCAAGCCCAGCAUGAAGAACGGCAGGAUGAACACGGUUACGUUUCGAGAGAGUUCCACCGAAGGUACAAGGUGCCCGCUGGGGUCGACCCCGCUCUCAUCACCUCCUCCCUGUCUGCUGAUGGAGUGCUCACAGUCACCGGCCCCCGCAACAUGUCUGACGUCCCGGAACGAGCGGUUCCCAUCAGCCGUGAGGAAAAGCCAGCCCUAUCCGGGCCUCAGAAGAAGUAGACGUCUAUCUGCCCCUCUCGCUCCCAACCUCGCCCCAAGCCAUUUCGAGUUAUUUUUUUUCUCUCUCUUUUUCGGGCCUUUUGCUUUUGAUGUGUAACUUUUUUUUUGUAACCGAUCUGUUAUAAUCCAACAUUCCUCGCAUUCUGUUAGGCCGCAAAUAAGUAUUAACCAUGACUGCCAUAGCAGGACUUUCAUUUCAAUAAAGUCCAGAUAUUUGGGGGAAAAGAAAA